GAAUGAGAUAGUGUUGAAUUGAGACAGGCGAAUAUAUACUGUAACUGAGUCUUGUUUUUUUUUUGUUUUUUUACCGUGAAAAACCCACUGGUAACAAUAGCCAAACAUCGAUUGAAGUCGUCGAUACUCGCCUCGAACAGAACGAACGUAGAUGAAAACAACCGAAACUCGAGAAAGUCACCAUGUCUGAAGAGCUUUCCCUCAACAUCAACAUCAAGGAGCCACGAUGGGAUCAGGGCACGUUCAUGGGCCGCGCCAAGCACUUCUUCAAGGUCACAGACCCUCGAACAGUCCUGUUGUCUUCUCAGGCGCUGGAUGAGGCCAGAGUGAUCGUGGAGGACUACAGAGCCGGUAUUGUGAAGCCAGGCCUGACGGAGGACGAGCUCUGGAGGGCCAAGUACAUCUAUGACUCUGCCUUCCACCCCGACACGGGGGAGAAGAUGUUUGUCAUUGGCCGGAUGUCGGCUCAGGUGCCAAUGAACAUGUCCAUCACAGGCUGCAUGCUCACCUUCUACAGGACGACCCCCGCUGUGGUGUUCUGGCAGUGGGUGAACCAGUCCUUCAAUGCUGUGGUCAACUACACCAAUCGGAGUGGCGACGCCCCCAUCACAGUAAAUCAGCUGGGUGCGGCGUACGUCAGUGCCACCACUGGAGCUGUGGUCACGGCCCUCGGACUCAAGUCUCUGGCUUCGCGUCUUCCUCCAAUCGUCAGCCGGUUCGUUCCCUUCGCUGCUGUUGCUGCUGCCAACUGUAUCAACAUCCCCUUCAUGAGACAGAGGGAGCUGAAGUACGGCAUCCCUGUGACAGACGAGAACGGCAACCGACUCGGAGAGUCGGCCAGCGCUGCUAAGCAAGCCAUCGUACAAGUGGUGGUGUCCAGGAUCGGCAUGGCGGUGCCAGCCAUGGCGAUUCCUCCCGUAAUAAUGGAUGCCCUGGAGAAGCGAGCCUUCAUGAAGCGGUUCCCAAUCCUCAACGCUCCAGUCCAGGUGGGACUGGUGGGCCUGUGCCUGGUGUUCGCGACCCCUCUCUGCUGCGCUCUCUUUCCGCAAAAAAGCUCCAUGAAGGUGAGCAGCCUGGAGGCCGACCUGCAGGAGAGGAUACGAGAGAAGAACCCCGAUAUCACCACCGUCUACUUCAAUAAAGGCCUGUAGGACCAGCACACACACACACACUCAAACACUCACGACAGGUCGACUCUCACUUGUACACACACACACACACACACACACGCCUGAAGCUGACGUGGGCACAAAUGUAUCAUGUUGAAUGAAGAUUGUGGAGUCUUGUAGCACAACUGACCACUUAAGUGUGUCAGUUGUGAACACAAUCACCUGAUUGUCCUUGAAAAAAAAUGUCCUAAAUAAGUUUUUAAGAUCAUGAAGAUGCUAAGGUUUUAGUGUGCGACAAGUGCAGCUCGCGCUUUCUACGUUUCAAUGUCCUUUCUGUCUCUCCACUUGUCUGCACCUCUUUGUUUUAGCUAGCGCUUUUAGCUGUCCGGGAAAUAUUGUUUGUGAAGGACAUGUAUCUUUAAUGUAUUGAAACACAGCCGUGUUGUUGUUGUCAUCCCAGACUCCUCAAGUGUACUUAUACCCCUGCCCUGGCAGAGCAGGUACUGAGGUGAAGUACAGAGAACAUACAAAACACAAUCAAUAUUAAGUGAUGACUGAUAUUAUCGUGUGGUGGUAGAGUGAGUUUUUAACCGGUGACCCACGUGCUUCUUACCAAACCGGCGUCUGACACAAUGUUGAAUGUUCCAUCUGCUCUUCGUGUGGUGGUAAAGUAGCCAUGGAUGGAGCAGCCCAGCACACUCUCACACAGGGUUCCUGUAUGCAAGCGUUUGUUUGUCGUUUGGCUGUUGGAAUAGUUGUAGUGCCACAUGAAAGUCGAUGUCGUGUUUAAGUCAGUAGUGAUGGAUGGUGGCGUUCGAGGCAAAAGUGGGUGUCAUGCUGUAAAGAGCUAUUAUUUUCUUGAAGAUAUUUAAACAAAUAUUGUGUGCAAUGUUCAACACUCCUAUGCAUGUGGGCGAGUUCAUCUGAGACUCGCUGCAUUGUUUGGCUGGUUAACAAUGCGGAUCGUAAUCCGCACAUGGUCCUGAAAGGAAGUCAAGAAUUCAUCUUCCAAAUUGUUAAAAAAUAAGCACAUGCGCAAAUCCAGAGCAUUUUAGCUACUAAGAUUUUACCAAACCAAAUGAUGGUUAUGAUUUAAAAAUGUUUGUGUCAGGGGUGAAAUUGCACUAUUUAACCGUUGCCGUGCUGCUAUCUGGGCUUUGGUGUUUAUGUAGCUUUGUAUUGCAAAGAUUGUAACGUACAUUUUGCUUCUGCUGCUCGUAGUUUCCUUGUUUUCGUGCUGUUAUGGUUUUUUUUUUUUUCAUUUUUGCAAUGUAGAUUGAAGGUAGAGUGGAGAACAAAGUUGAAGGUUUCGAUCAGCAUUUUAACUGAAUGUGUGGCAGAGCUUUAUUUACUUUGAUAUAUUUUAAUCUUGGAGGCUGGAUCAUAAGUCUAUAGCACAAAACACAGUAUUUCAUGUGAUCUUGGGAAAAUGUGUUAGCUACUCUCAGUACAGGUUUGAGAUGCCGGUUACAAGUUUAUUUACAAACCACAGAACUGGACCUUUUCAUUUUCUCAAGUGUCCCCGGUUAUGAUUUCUCCUUUGUCAUGUCAGUCCACACACAUUUUGUUUGUCAUUAUUGGUGCACAGUGUACGUUGUUUUGUAACGUAUUUACAUAUUACUUUGAUGUGAAAUGUAUUUUACUCAGAGCAAUAGAAUAAAAGAUGCAACUGUA